CCGGGCCGGGGCGGAGCGGAGCGGGGGAAGGCCGGGCUGCCGGGAGUCUCUGUGGGAGGCUGCUACUCGCCCCGCUGGCUGUGUGCCGCUCGGUCCUCUCCGGGAGUCGCCCGGCCUCGCCGUUUCCUCCGCCUCAGGCAGCCUGCCCCGCGGGGGCCGGCGUAAGGGCCGGCAGGUAGCGGGAAGGGGCGGUGUGUGGCUCCAGGAGUCCCGGCGAAGCCGUGCUGGAAGAGCGGGCUGCCGCCUCAGAAAGUUUGAGGAGGAAGAGGAGGAGGAGGAAGAGGAGGAGGUGGGAGUGGAGGAGAAGGUGGUCUUGCCUGCACAGCGAUGUAGCCCUGAAGGUGGCACCUGAAGGUGGCACGGCAGCUCUUGGAAAGCGGUUAAAACUCCUCACCCGUCAGAUUCCGGAGCAUGGGCUAAAAGCUAUGUCCCUCUCUCGGGUCGAAAAUCCUUGUUUUCUGCUGUUCCUCUUUGUCUUCCAAGCGAUACUUAUCUUGAUACUCUACCGAGGUGGACCUUCAAAUGUGUUCCGUGAGUUUUUGGACUCGCGUCCCGUUCUGGAUUACUCAAAAACUCAUGAUGUCUAUACAAACCUCAGCUUGUUUACCCCAGCUGCUAAUGAAGAGGCAAUGCCGUACUGCUCAGUGCAGUCACCCAUAUUUGUUGGUCCAUUAACCAUCACCUUCGAGUUGCUCCCUAGUGAAAGAAUGAUCAUCAAAAAAAAUCCUUUUGUUCAGUCUGGUGGCCGCUACAGGCCUCCUCACUGCUUGGCCCGCUACAAGUCAGCCAUCCUUGUAGCAUACAGGAACCAGGAGAAGUACCUUCACCAUCUUCUCUACUAUAUUCAUCCUUUCUUGCAGCGCCAGCAGCUCAGCUACAGUAUCUACUUGAUUCAGCAGGUGGGGAACGGCACGUUUAACCGGGCAAAGCUGCUUAAUGUUGGUGUCCGGGAAGCCCUGAGGGAUGAAGACUGGGACUGCCUUCUCCUGCACGAUGUGGACCUAGUCCCUGAAAAUGAUAAUAAUCUCUACGUGUGCGAUGAAUACUAUCCCAAGCACAUGGCUAGUGCCAUGGAUAAGUUUCAGUACACUCUGCCAUAUAAGUCCUUUUUUGGGGGUGUAUCUGCUCUGACUCCAGAACAUUACAUGAAGAUGAAUGGGUUUCCAAAUACAUACUGGGGCAGCGGUGGUGAAAAUGACGACAUUGCUACAAGGAUUCAGUUAGCAGGAAUGAAAAUAGUCCGGACGUCACCUCAUCUUGGACGCUACAAAGUGAUGAACUACAAUGAAGAGACAGAGACACAGGAGCCCUGGAGAAGGCCUGCUCCUCGACACAACACCAGAAAAACAUGGAAGGAUGAUGGAAUGAAUUCAUUAGAGUUCAAGCUCCUUUCCAGGACAAAGCAUCCUCUUUAUACCAACAUCACUGUGGACAUUGGGUACGUUCCCCCAUUUUCUUGAGAGAAUGAAACCAGAAGCAGAGUUUGGGCUCAGCACAGCAGCACGCGUAAGGGCAUUCAGCCUCUACCUCCUGGUGUGGUGUGGGGCCUGCACCACCUGAGACUAAUCCCUUCUGUCUUUCCUGCAUUUCACUUUUCUUCCUAUAAGAUUUCAAAGAAAAGGCUUUGGGAAUAGGGUAUGAUAUUAAUAAACAGGCUGCAGCUUACUAAAAAAAUUGUCAAAUCACUGUAAAACCAGUGCUGGAGCCAGACCCACCUCUCGGGCCUUGGGGAUCAAGGUCUUCUUGACAGUAAGCUGACCCACGUUUUCUGGAACUUUGGUUCCAUAGGUGGAUAAGUUUGUCCUGCUUUGUGCUUAAGUGUUAAUUGGGAUGCAAGCCAUUCUGUCAGAUGGGCUCUCUGAAGUGCUGUAUUUUAAGAAAGUGUUGAAGCCAGUUACAGUUCUGUAAAUAUCUUUUGUCAAUUUGAGUAAAAUAAAUUGAGUUAUGUGUUUGGGUUAAGAUUUUCUAGAAUAUUUAAUGAACGCAAUAAAGGAGAAAGUUGCCUUGAAA